UCACCACACCACGUGCUGGUCGGAUACAGCGGCUUGGGUCAUGCCCUGGGGUGACGACAUGGUGGGCAGAAACGAGGGACCAAACCAAGGGUGAUCCAAUGCCUCUUGAGCUGACACACAAAUCACAGAGCGUCUCUUCAGGGAUCCAUCCAGAUGGGAGAGCUAUCCUAACCUCACCUGAGAAUAGUCUGUUGUUUGGGUUGUACUCAAGGAGUCUGCUGACGAGGUCAGUGGCCGCAGGGAAUCGCUUAGCCACCGCAUCAUCAAAACUUACACCCUGACACAGAUGAAGGGGUCAGUUGUGUCUCAGGGCUUGUCUGUGUUGAUAUGGCUGCUGUCUCCCGCCUCUUACCUGACUGAGUAUUCUUAAGACUUCCUCGUUGCUUUUGCAGCUGGACAAGUCAUAUGGGAGAUAAACCGUGAAUCAACACAUACGCGUGGGGGGAUGUCUCUGGCUUACAGGAUGACGCCGCAGCUCCACAGAUCCGACGCCCGUGUGUACUGGCCCUUGUGGCACUCGGGGGCUGCACACAACAGACACACUUUCCCACUCUGGUCUGUAUUGCUUCCUUCGCUCAUUCUCUCACCAUGUAAUCUUUGGUGCCGACUCCCCAUCUCGAAAACGAACGCAGCUGAUGUGACAGCACAAUGAGAUAUACUUCCCUUGGUCUGCUAUUUCCUUCCGAAUACAAAUAUGUCGCUUACUGUCCCAUGGGUCUCCCCAUCCGUCCAGCGGUGCACCUCCACGGCCCAAUACCGAGGAUCUCCCUCGCCUUCCCGCCUGCACGACACAUCAGAACCGAGCCCACGAAUGUGUCAGUGUGUGAGUGAUGCUUGUGUGUUGAUCACUUACGCAGGCACUGCCGCCUGGUGGCGGAAGCCGCUCAGGCAUGCCUUGAGGAAUCUGCCGUUGGUCAGCACCGCCUCAAACAACAGCACACGCGACGGCUUGAGGCCACGGUGGACACAAUUGCUGAACACAGGCAACAGAAAAUGUCUGUGCGCGACUGUAUCCUCACAAGAUGUCUGCCUUGCUGACCACUGAUGCACCACUUUGAAUCCCUCCAGAGCACCCCCUUCGAACCACCCGAUCAGCGAGUCCGACGCUGUCUUGACCUUCUCACUGAACGACACACACGAUGCCGAGGAUCAGUUUGGCUCUUGUAGCUUCAUUUUUCGUUCAAUUUACCUCUCGAGCAGCGAUUGUACGUCGCCGCUGGCUCUUACGCUGGGGAUGAACACGUAUGAGUCCUUGACGGUGGCCUAUCCGACAAGUGCGAUGUACGGUGACCGUGCAGCCACAUAGGACUAAGCGCAGGCGGCACACGUGAUCUGCAUAAGACACGCACACAACCUGUACUGAUGCAUUCACGUAUGCAGCCAUCGUACCAUGACGUAGGUGUGUGGGCGUGGAGUGAUUUGGUAUACCUGCAUGACGAAAUGUCCAACACGUUGCCUGCUGGCUGCGGCAACAGGGACGCUCUCUUCGCCACCACCAACUACCUCCAGUCCAUGCGUCACGGUGUCUAAGUGAAAGGGAGAAAGGAAGAACCAUGCACGCCGUGAGCGCUUUCCUCUUGCGAAGUCCGUGUCGUGAACAGCCGUCCCAUGGACCUUGUGCGGUCGCUCACUUGGCUUGGGUGUCUUGGUGUAUUCAAGGCGCUUCCGUGCCAUCCAACCAAGUCGGUCUGCCCAUACGACCAUCUGCACACAAAGGCACACAGAGGGGGAGAAGGAGAGAGACACUGUGAUACGCACUCUAGAGUGGUGCUCACUUGUUGGGCGUCACGUCAUCGGUGUAUCCACAAGACUGUCAUAGAUAUAAAACGUAGGCAGCGAUGAACGCGGCCCUCCCGUGCGCGACCUCCGACUGGCCAUGUGACGGGUGCGCACGCCUGAAAGAAAGAACGCGGCUUCAUUCAUCCUUACUUGUGCGCCGCUUCAUUCAUCCUUACUUUUAUCAGAGAAUACCCCUCUUCCCCUUUGUUGCCUAUUCGCUCACCAGUGGUGCUACUCGGCCCUCUCGGCGCGUUCGAUUGGCGCCUCCUCGCCACCUUUGCCACAGCGCCCGCAAAGGCGACAGCAGCCAGGGCCGCGACCGAGACGACGGGGAAGGUGAAAACCAUAAGGGGCAGCACAUGGCCGGCGACAAUCACCAAACGUUUCCCCUGCGUGAGCAGUCGUAUGCAUGCAUACACAUGAAUGCAGCUGCUGCAUAUGCACCGACCUGUGCGUCUGUGAGGCGGCCGUCGUCCAGCUCUUGCAGCAGCGUGUUGAAUAUAUGCGGAUGUGCUUUUUCCAUUUCGUCGAACAGCACCGCGAUGUACACAUCAAUACAUAUGCACGUGUCAGGGGAGUAACGACAUAUGUGUAUAAACACACCUGUAAGGGCGCCUCUUGACGGCCUCUGUGAGCUGGCCGCCCUCCUCGUAGCCCACGUAGCCGGGCGGCGAGCCUGAUGUGUAUCAUAUAGAAUGUGAUUACAUGUAUAUACAUACAUCUUAUAUACCAAUGAGUCUGCUGACUGAGUGGCUUUCCGGGAACUCCGACAUGUCGAAGCGCACAAGGUUCUUCUCGUCGUCGAAUGGCUGCAUGCAUGUGUGCACACACGUGUACACAUGUGUCUCUGGCGGUCUGUCUGUGUGCAGUGAGUACGUCACCUCUGCUGCGACUGCCUUGGCAAGGUUCGUCUUGCCCACACCUGUUGCAAACACGUUGUGUUGUGUUCUGUGCGAAGACUAGGCCUGGAUACCCACCUGUAGGCCCCAGAAAUAGAAAGGAGCCCAGCGGCUUCCCCCGCCGGCUCAAACCAGACCUGAACACAAACACACAGAACACAAACAACCUUUCUAUGUUGCGUGCGCGUGUGUGUGUCUCGAAACAUGCGCGUCAGCACCCCGAUCUCAGCACGGCAUCGACCACGGCUUGGACGGCGUAGUCUUGCCCCACCGCUCGCUGAGAUCAGCAAAGAUGCCCCUCUCUCUCUCUCGCCCUGUGUGUGUGUGCGGACCUGGUGGAGGCGCUUUGAGAGGUCCAGAAGCCUCUCGCUCUCGCUGGUGGUCAGCUUGGUCACGGGGAUGCCCGUCCAAUCAGACAGCUGUGCACAAAUGGAUGUGCAGGUGUAUGCACGUGUGAAUGUGCUUCUCAAACCAACGAGCGCACCACAGCGGCGAUCUGAUCGGCGCCGACGAUUAUGACAUUCUGUACACACCAUUAACAGGUGUACGUGUGUGCAAUGACAUUAUGUAUACACGUACCUGUGCCGAGAUGCCUGGACGACCGAAGCCUUUCACUUCACCGCCGAGCACGGACGACCGAAGCCUUUCACUUCACCGCCGAGCACGCCUCGUCGACUGCAACGCACGAAUGCAUAUGUGUGAUACAGUGCUGUGGCAUGUGAGAAUAUGUGCACCAACCGAUGUCGACCGCCUUGUCGGGCUGGUUCCGGUAGGGGACGUACCGAUUGCUGCAAAGGCACAGCGGCAUCCUUGCGCACCGGUAUUUGAGCGUGGCGUAUGUGUACGUGAGCUGCACGGCGGCCAUGAGUGCGUCGUCAGCGAUGCGGACGUUGUGGCUCUUCUCGUACUUGUCCUUCACGCCUGUGUACAUCCACACAAACAUAAAAAGUACGUGCCUGUGCUCAUCUAUCUAGGUGUGCAUGGGUGUGUAUAUGAACCGCGCAAAAUCGAUCUCACAAACACCUGCACGCAGCCAGAGACACGGACAGGUCAUAUAUGCAGCUCCCGUGUCUCUGGCCGCUUGCCUUCUGGAACCGUCUCUCAAAUGCGGCGUCCUGUGUACACGGACAUGCACAGAGACCCACACUUCUUCUUUGGAUGCUCACCUUUUCUAUGUGCUUGUGGUAUUCGUCUUGAGUCGUUGCGCCGAUGCGUCUGCAUGCGUACGCAUUAGUGGGCUGUGCAGAUCCCUCCGCGGUUGUGUGUGUGUGUACUUGACGCUUGGCGGGCUUGAGCAAGUUGGCGGCAUCCAUGGCACCUUCUCCUUUCCCUACAUACAGUGUAUGUGUCUUCGCUUGUGUGUACACAAGUGUGUCUAGUACCUGCCCCAAGCCGAAGAUUCAGCUCGUCAAAAAACAGAAUCACCUCGCCUGCAUUCCACAUUCGUGAAGGAAAACGUGUGUAUGCAUACACAUGUGCACUGCUGUGCACCUUUGCUCUCUUCUGCCUCCUUGAUCACUUGCUUCAGCCGCUCUUUGAAAUCGCCGCGCAGCUUGGCACCUGAUCGAUCCGCCUCAACACGCGUAUCCAUGCAGACUGAGUGAGCAACGAAUUGUAUUGUAUUAUAUGUAUUGGUCCACCCGCAAUCAGGCCAGCCAGGUCGACUUCCACAACACGACUGCCUUGGAGCUGCUCGGGCACGCGGCCCUCUCGAGCGCGACGGCCCAGCGCUUCGACGAUGGCCGUCGUGCCCACUCCCGGCUACUCCCGGCUCACCUACGAGAAGAAGGCUGCUUUUGUUGUGUCAGACAUAAACCAGCCACAAAGCGAGCGAUGGGGGGACGAAGUAAAGACUGAGAUCUUUUCGUACGUGGUCUUGCUGAGGAUGGUCACGACGCGCUCCAGCUCUUCUUCUCGGCCGAUGACUGGCGCAGCUGGACUGUUUGUCAGGUCCCUGCACCAAUGGGAUGACUGUGUGUGUGUGUGUGUGUGUGUGUGUGCGAGUGCUGGACCGUAUGCGUACCAGUUGGCGUGUUGAAUUGGCGCCCAAAGAGAGAGCCGUUUGCGGAAGCCGCCCAAAGAGAAAGGAUGAGCAGAGAAAGGAGCAGGAUGGCCACAGGAGUCGGAAAAUGGAUGAAAUCACGCUUUUUCUCAGAGAGACGUCCCGUCUCGCGAACGCGAAAUUCUCGUCGAAUUUUGUAGCUCGCAU